AUCUAAAAUUUUAGUAGGAAAACCAUGAAGACAAUUUGGUCUCUGAUUAUUAGAAAAUAAUAAUAUUCCCACACAUUCUUUAAAAGCCCAAAAAUACCCUUUCAUGAGCAAGAAAAUCCAAGAUAUAAAAAACCUGAAACCCUACCCCACAUUAUCUCCCUCCAUUUUUUUAACGGCCAUGAAAUUCAAGCUCGUAUCCUCUCAUGGCCAUUCUGCUCUCCCUCUCUUUCCAGCCCCCAAAAUCUCCCCAAAACCACAAUCCCAAAAUCUCCAACUCCCCAAAACCCACCUCUCUUACUUCUACCCUCCUCAACACUUCCUCCAAGAGACAAUUUAUCUUCAAAACUACUUCAUUUGGUGUCGUUUCGCUAAUUACUCAAAUCCCACUUGCACUGUCCUUAGAUGAAUCUUUGUCCCCUUCAAAACCGGCUCUUUCAGGGAUUGCCAACACCAAAUCUUGGUUUCAGUUCUAUGGUGAUGGGUUUGCCAUCCGGGUACCUCCUCAAUUUGAGGACAUAAUGGAGCCAGAGGAUUUCAAUGCGGGAUUGUCUUUAUAUGGGGAUAAGGCAAAGCCAAAGACUUUUGCAGCACGUUUUGCAUCUCCAGAUGGAUCUGAAGUUCUGAGUGUGGUCAUUCGCCCCUCCAAUCAACUCAAGAUCACUUUCUUGGAGGCUAAGGAUAUAACUGAUAUAGGUUCACUGAGGGAGGCAGCAAAAAUCUUUGUUCCAGGUGGAGCAACUUUAUACUCUGCUCGAACAAUAAAAAUAAAGGAAGAGGAAGGUUUCAGGACGUAUUAUUUUUAUGAAUUUGGUAGAGAAGAACAACAUGUGGCACUAGUAGCUGCAGUUAACAGUGGAAAGGCAAUUAUUGCUGGAGCUACUGCACCACAGUCUAAAUGGGACAGUGAUGGCGUUAGGCUUCGCUCUGCUGCUAUUUCAUUGACAGUUCUUUAGUUGGCUGCCAGUAGCUCAUUUUCCAGGUUUGUAAAUUACAUGUUUUAUUAUCACCCUAUUUGUUUAGCUUUCUUCGCUCCACUCCACUAUACGUCGUGAUCAUGUCAUUGCAACUUAAAAUCCAGAGUUCACGUUAACACUGUUCUGACCUCCCUUCUCGGCUUGACACUGAAGAGGUCAAGCCUCAAAUUCAAUCUUUUGGAAGUAGAGAUCGAAUAGUACAAAUUUGGCAGAACUUUCUGACCUUGCCUUUGGAAGUCUUUUUGCCUCAGAAAUAUACAGAAACUGAAUAAUUUACAUUCAAUCUAACAUGCUGCUGCUUAUUUUUCUCCGUUUUCUGGUUGGUUUCCAGACUAUUGGUCCUUGACAUUCUUUAUCUAAUGACAUGGCUUUACUAGGGCAGAACAAUCUGAAUAUUAGAUUGAAGAGGCAUCCUAUUCCUAACAAUGCCACAAUCGCAGAGACAGCAUUUCAGAUUCUCCUUCAUUUAUCCUGCAUGGGAAUGAUUCGUCGCGAGUCAUGAGAGCUUGGAAAUUAUAGAAAGAAAAUUUUGAAUUCAGGGAUUUGCAAUUGUAUUGUACGAUGAUAACAUUUUUUAGUUUAAUAUUUUCUGUUCCUUCAACAUCUUUCAUAUUUCAUUAGCUCAUUUAUUUAUAUAUUCUAUUGCAUUUUUCA